CAAUCGGGUGCUGGUAUGUAAAUUAUCCCAUAUCUAAUAUACACGACUUGACCUUUCAACUGAUUGCGUAGUCAGAUCCGAAGCGCCAUUUUGCAUUGGGCGGACUUGUGAAAGAAGGUUGCAACUAUGAGUGUGUGCUCAAACCUCACACUUGAACGUUCACAGCAAGCGCUGGACAAAAUACGAGGCAAUUUUGACACAGAGAAUGAGAGACUGGAAAUAGUGACUCCUGAUCGCUACACGGAGGUGUUCGAGAUACUCAAGCAUCACUUUGUUCCUGAUGAACCACUGUGUCGUACGUUUGGAGUCCAGUGGGAACAGGAAUUCCAGGAUUUAGCAACUGACGUGCUCGGGAAAAAUUGUUCGCUGUGUAUGAUCUUCAAGUUAUCUAAUGAAAUGAUGGGGAUCCGGCUGAUAAGUUAUAUGCACUGCGCCGACCCUCCGUCGAACUAUGAUCACAUGAAAUAUGAAGAAUUGCGAGAGCUCUUGAGGUUUCUUUCGUGCAAGAACAAAGAAGUAGACUUCUUCAGGCGGUAUGAGGUUGAGGAGGCCAUUCAAUUCUUUACCCUCGGCGUCAACAAGAAGUUUCGCCAAAGAGGGCUGGGGUCACGGUUGCUUGAGGCGGCGGUUGCCCUUGGAAAGGAGUUGGGAUUUAAAGCGGUUAAAGGGGAGGCGACGUCCAACUUCUCUCAGCGAAUUUACCAGAACGCGAAGUUUGAAUGUAUUCUGGACAUGCUGUAUGACGAGUACACGUUCAGGGGAAAGAAGCUCAGUGAAUCAACCGGAGAACAUAAAAUGACCAAAGUAUUUGGGUUGAAAUUAUGAAAUACUUUACAAUUCACAUAAACACAUCUUACAAAAACAGAUACACAAGUUAGACCAAAUGUUACGACACUUUAUUUUGAUCGAAUCGUUUUGCAUAGUUUGAUAAAAAUGCGAAUACGAAAGCUAUUUACCAUGUAUACAAACACUGAUUUGCAUAUGUAAACGCAGACAUAUACUGCGCAAGGUUUAAUUAAUGUUUUGAGCUUCAAACUGUAAUUUAUUGGAAAAUUCUCGUCGAUUGGUCGGCGGGCCUGUCGGCGGGUAGACAUUUUGUCAAGAAGCGGACCACGUCUUUCCUUUUUUAUCUGGCAGUUGUGAUAAAUUCACAAGACCUGAUGAACUUUACAAUACAAUUGUUGGCUUUGUUUGAUUAGUAUAUAUUAGUAUUCACUCUUUACUCGCUGAGAAUUUUCUUAACGAGAGCUGUAAUUUUGUGACCCGCUUAGAGUUUUUGCAGUUAAAGUCGAAAUAGAUAGCGAAUAUAAAUACGAUACAAACGCAAA